AUGAUCGAGAUCGAGCAACUUAUCGACCCUACAUCGGACACUACGGCGACCAUCCUCUGCCGCACUUCACACCCGAGGCAAUCGGAAAUCCGCCGAGCGAUACCCCAAGCCCUUAAUAUCCUCGACGCUCUUAAGACUAACGUCCACGGCGGUCAGCGUUUUUCAAGGCUCCGUAUUGUCCUCGAAGCAGUCUCAGCUGUUAAACAACCUCUUCGGUCUCGCAAGGUGUUCGAUGAACUCUCCGACGGAGUUAUUUUCGCCUCGGCAUUGGACCGGAUUGUUCGAGGGCCUGAAGACGUCGACAUCAUUCUUCAAGAGACUAACCAGCGCCUGUUCAUCCUUGGCGAGAGUUGUGACUGGGAACAAGUAACGCCCCAAAAUAUGGAGCGAUACAAACAAGAACUCGAGGAUGGUCUUGGCCUCUCGGCUAGCACACGCUUCAAGGGAGGAAAGAGAUGCUUCUUGGCUACUGUAUCCGUCGACCGAUUUGCAAGAACAGAGGCCGCGCUAAGCCAACUGCUCCAGCUCCUCCAGCCACACCACGCGGUAAUGUCCCUGGCCUGGCCGUACGACCCUGGGCAUGAUGGGCGCCUGGACAUCAACGCUCUAUGGAGGACAGCAGUAUCGAGCCAGGUUCGAAGUCCCGACCCCCGCACUGUUCUCGGGUGGAGGAUCUGGAUCAAUGGCACCGGUAUCCUGCCUGAGUGCCGAGGGCUGGUGCUAAGCAUGCUACAACAGUUCGAGAGCUUCGUCCGUACCCUCACCAACCUAUUUCGGCGAGCAUGGAACCGUGGACGCCACGGCCAGCCAUACCGCCUGAUUGAGAAAGUUUCCCCAGACGAUAUACGCGACUUCUUUCUCGAGUGA